CAUUAGUUAGCGAGCCAACCAGUUCGCGUGUUCAAAGUCUCUUCUCCUGCAUGUCUACGGUCUCCCUAAUUCUUCUCUAAUGACCUCUUCUUCCAUGGCCAAACCUCAUCAAACCAACCCCAGAAACAGUUGCUUUCUCGGUUGUUUUGGGUUCUCCGUGAAGAAAAAAUCCCAGAAAAAGAACACCCUUUCGGUUUCUUGGCCAAGGUUUCGGUUAAGCUCGAGGAAGUCUAGCACCAAAAUGGUGCCUGUAAAUAACACAGACAAAGCCGAGGCCGAUCAUAGCAAGACGAAGAAGAAACCAGAUAGCAACAAUUCUUCCUCUAAACCUCAUAAACCUUCACGUGGGAAUUCCAAAGGUGACCACCGGAGACCGCCGUUCACCGAUCAAGUUGCACGAGAAACACCUAAAGAGGCUAAAAAAGCGAUCAGCGUACGUUUCUACUCAUGGAUUUCACUGUUUCAGUCGAGGGCGCCAAAGGGAUCGUCGUCGGAGCCGACGAGAACGGGGUCAAGCCUACCGGGUUCACCGAUGAUCAAACAUAAAAAAACACCAACCAGGUUGUCCCAUACGGUGUCGUUACCGGUUCCAGAACGGAGUCAACGGGCGGGGAGUCCCCGGAUUCAUGAUCCGAUCAGCCUCGGACAGAAAAACAACAAAUCAAUCGCGAGAUUCGAGUCGGUGAUGAGUAUAUCUAUCAUCAUGGUGACCUUGAUAACAACGGUACUUUGGGGUCGAUUAUGCGCCAUUCUUUGUACGUCGGCAUGGUUAUAUGUUUGCCCUCAUUUCCGAACCAGAAGUAACAGUAAAAAAGCACCGUUGAAAGAACCGUGAACUCCAACGAUUUAUAUUUGAACUCGUCGGAGUAUAAGAAGAAGGUGGUGCUGGAAGGGUUGCUCCAGAGGAACCACCCAUUUACCUUGUGAAAUCCUUGUACAA